AUGGCGGAUGAAAUGAGGGAAAAAGUGGCUCAACUUUUGAAGGGAAUUGACAGGUAUGAAAGCUGACCACUGCUGUUUAACUUAUAAAACAACAUAAAACUAGUUACUGCAGAGAUAAGUGUAGGUAGAAUGUAGUAAGAAACCUGUUGUGAAGAAAACGUGGUGGUCUUUUGAUCACGUGUCGGAAAUAAGACAGCUGAUAUAAAGAUUACAGCAAAAUUAUUUUGUGAGGUUUUUCUGGUUGUUUCUAUCCAUGAAGUUAUAAAUUUGGUUACUUGAUUUAAGACCAAAUCGUUUCUUUUGUUUUAGGUACAAUCCUGAAAACCUGACAACUCUUGAAAGCUAUGUUCAUCUUCAGGUAAGAACAAGAAAUUUUAGCUUAUGCACUUCAAUAAAGGCAUUUUUCAUAAAUUAUUAUUGUAUUUAUGAACCCUCGUUCUGAGGUUAAGUUAUCUUGUUAUGGUUGCUCUCAAACCAUUUUGACCCAUGAGACAAAUAUCAUAAUAAAACCAAAACUAUCAACAGACAAAACAUGAGGAAUGAAUGCGUAACUUACCUCGUUCUUUAAAGCGAUGAUGAGAUGAAACAAGUGGUAUAAAUGUGUAAUAAUUAUAUUUCACUCUUACUCCUUGAUGAACAAUGGAACAAGUAUGAUAAAUGAGUACUAUAUCUCGUUCUCUAAUCUUCAUUGAGACGAAACAAGCGCGAUAAAUGUGUAAUAAGAAUGCCUGAGGAUGUUGUUGAGCAGGAUAAAAUUUGUAGCGACAUAUAUAACUCUGCUUUUCUGGCGACUUGACUGUAAAUUUUGAGUGACAUGACUCUGGUUUGGGGCGACUUGACAGUAAACUGAAUUCUUCGACUGAGUUGCUCCUCUUCUUUUGUUCUAGGUCUAUAAUAACGUCUAUGACCUGGAUGCAAAUCUUGCUGUUUUAAAAUUGUGAGUACAAUGUAAAUGUAUUUCAUUGCAAGUGCCAUAUAACAUGGUUUUGGCUAGAUUGCAGAUUUCCUGGUCCACUAAAUAUCUAACUUAAAAAACUGCUCCUGCAGUCCCAAAACCUAUAACCUUAACUUUCUGACAUGUACAUGGAAAUUAGAACAUCUCUCCUGAUACUCAUUUGCCCUUAGUGAUUGCUUAUAGCUUGCAAGUAGAGGUGAAUGCUGUUAGUGAAUUUUUUGUCUUAUCUCCGAGCUAGCUAAAUGUGAAGUCUUUUCACUCUAAAUCCAUUGCCUUGCUUUGAACAGUUUUGAUGUAUGAACACCCUAUUAUUUUAGAGAACCAGUUAAUUAGAUUACAGUGCUAUACAAUAAAGCUUUUACAUGUAGUACAAAAACAAGUGGUCACAAAAGCCUAUCAGAUGAAGGCAUCCCAUUAUCUUGUGUUUUAGUGACCAGGGGCCAAAAUAGUCCUAUACAUGUAUAUGCGAUCAAAAAAACAAUCAAAAACUAAACUCCUUUGUUGUUUGCAUCAAAACUUACUAAUUACAUUUUCACAUCAGGUACCAGUUCAAUCCUGCAUAUCACCAAACUACAGUCACCAUGCAGAUCCUACUGAAAGCUCUUAUGACUCUACCAAAUGCUGACUUCAUAAUGUGCAGAUGCCUAAUUGAUGAUGCUAAUGUAUCCUUCCUGUUGUACCUUUUUAAAAUAAUAUUAUUAGAACAGUAGCAGAAGUAGUAGCAACAGCAGCAGCAGCAGCAGUGAUAGUAGUGGUAGCAGUAGUAGUAGUAUCAUUUUCAUCAUUAUUAUUUAUUAUCAAUUCAAAGCAUUAGGAAAAGAAAGAAGCUAUGUACAAAGAAGGCAACUCCUUUUUGGGGGGACACCUUUGCACCUGAGAGUUAGUAUCCUUAUAUGUGUGUUUGGGAAAAUCUGACAGAGGGGUCUAGACUUGUACCCACUAUUGAAUCUUUUUUACCUGGCCCAUAUUAUUUUUUCUAGUACAUUUCAAUGACAAUGUACAAUGUACACGCUACUUGAGGCAUGAAAUUGCACUCCACUGUAAAGGAUGGAGCUUUAAAAGACUUCUUUUUCUUCUUUGAUGAAUUUAACUAUUCAGGAAAUGAUGUUAAAAACAUUCAUUUUAUAACUGUCUGCGAAUGUCGGGCAAAGGUGAAGACCCCUAGACUCAGACCCUCAUAAAUCCACCACUACCACAUCAAUUUAGGAGCGUGUUACAUGCACCUCAUCUGCCAUUAACUGAACAAAAAAUUGACUUGCUAUCCUUGACAUUCAUCAGCAACAGGAUCCAGCUAUAGCUAGUGUUAUCAAACUCGCAGAACUGUUAGAAACCUGUAACUUUUUGGAGGCUUGGGUAGGCUCUUGUUUGCUGUUUUGUUAAAAUAAAUGUGUUAUAAUGUAGUCAUCAACAAGGAAGAAAACCUUUCAAAUCAAAAAUUAAAAUUAUUUUAUGUCUAUAUUGUUCUUUACAUGUAUUUUUUGUUCACUUAUUUUUCUACGUACUUUUCUGGCCCCAGUUGGCUUAAAGAUGGUUAAUGCUAUCUACUGGAUAGUGUAAUUGGUUUUCCUAAUGCCUAUAUGUUGGAUGCUGAUUUAUCUGGUGAAUAGCUUACUAUCCAAUGGAGCCUGCCUUAUUUAAUGUGUAGUUUUCCAGCACCUUUUCUACAACAAUUUUCAUAUCAAUUUUUAUUUCAGAAAUACCUAGAGGAAGAAAGUUCUCUUGUGGAGGGUGUUGUAGGAUUUCAUGACGCAAUAAGAAAAUGUAAGUUUAGUUGACCCUCAACUAACACUCAUCCUUAAAGCAUAAUGGCACUGGAACCUUGUUAUUUAAUCUAUUACCAAACUGUCCUUCUUUCCUUAGAGCCACAUGCAAUGAGCAAUAAAAUGAAUUUAUGCAAAUUAAUGGUAAAAAGGAGGAGAGAUUGGCUUCCACCCUUUUUCCUCACGGCCUCGCUACUCGCUUCUCACAUGUGCUCUCGAUCUCCGUGACUCAAAAGAAAAAUAAGAGAUUGCUCACAGUCUGUUACCAAAUACUUAAAUUUUUUCUCCUUCUUCUUUCAAUUUUCUGGACAAUGCUUUAUUUGUACGUGUAGUUUGAUUGAGAUUCUUUCAUUGCAUGUUUACAGCCGUGUUUCCUGUAUGUGUUUUAUUUUGUACAGAUGUUAGCUAUGUCAUAGGAAUAACAUAUCAAACAAUAGACAGAAGCCUUAUCUCUGAACUUCUUGGAGGGCUCCAAGGUAUGUGAUUUAUAGAGUGAUGUUGCUUGACAAGUGGAUGGUAUUGGAACCGUACAAAUAAUUACAGUUUACUCUGUCAAAGACCAGCUCCUAUAAGAACACAAUAUACAAAACACCCAACUUUUCCUAGUAAAAACUCUAUAAACCUUGUGUAAGUGAACACCUCGCGUAAGGGACCGCAACAUAUUUUUGUCUGACAGUUUUAAAAUUUUCCAUUAUUUUUAAUCUCUCGUAAGCGAACGUGUGACGCAUGGUGUGAUCUCUUUGUUUUCUUAUACACAUAUUACAACACUCAGAGUAUACAAAGAACAUAAUUAUAUUCAGUGACAUGGAACUACACAUGUCAUUACUUAGAAGUUGCAUGCAAUAAAUUCUCUUCCAAAAAGUAAGUGUCGAGACCUCUUCUUGGAUGAGACCCCUUGUGAUUUGAUUCUUGCCAGCGGCCCCCUCCUGUAAGCGACUGUUAAUUCUUUGGUACUUUGACUGUAAGAUUAUUAUUAUACGGUUUUUCCUGUGGUUGACUAUGAGGACAAAAGCACAACAUACCAACUAGGACAAUGUUCUCAGUUGAUUGUCACAUAUUCUAAUGAACAGUAGAUGUUGAAGGUUAAUCAACAUCUAGUCAGUAAAUAAUCUCACUGGUAAUAAUUUUGAUCAUUAAUGUCUAAUCUGGGAAACUGCCCACCUACCCCACCCCUAAGCCAACAUUAACACUUCUUACGUAGGGCAAAAUUUUGGCGUAGGGGAGUAGUAGGUGGGGCAGUUUCUCAGAAACGUAUAAUGAUCCAUAAUUUUUUUGCAGGGGAUGAACUCAAUAACUGGAUCAAAACACAGAACUGGACACUCAAAGAGGAUGGAAAAGUAUUUAUUUGUAACCAAGACGCACACAUCAAAUCCAAAAAUAUUGCAGAGAAAAUCGAUUUUGACAGUAAGUGA